AUGUCUAGUGAAAGAGCUUGUAUGUUAUGUGGUAUAGUACAAUCCACAAAUGAAAUUUCAAGAAAUGGUUGUCCAAACUGUCAGGGUGUAUUUGAAGAAGCUGGUGUAUCAGCUAUGGAAUGUACAUCCCCAUCAUUUGAAGGUCUAGUUGGUAUGUGUAAGCCAACUAAAUCAUGGGUUGCUAAAUGGCUUAGUGUGGAUCAAAAUAUCCCUGGAUUGUACGCUGUUAAAGUCGAUGGUCGUUUACCAAUUGAAGUUGUCGACUUAUUACCUCAUUACAAGCCAAGAGAUGGUAGCCAAGUUGAGUAA